AUGUCUUCCCAACCCGGCCCAGGAGCAACAUCCCAAGAAAACGGCCCCAUCAACCUCCUUCGCCCACUCAUCCUCAUCUCCUACUCCCUCUUCUACAUCAUCCCCACCAUCAUCCACCUCCUCCUCAAUUUCCAACUCACCACCUUCCUCAGCCCCUCCGACUUCAAAGACGUCUGGUUCGCCCGCUUCUGGGCCUUCUUCGGCCCCAAGUCCCGCGAUGUCGCUGCUCCGGCCGUGAUGCCGCUGCUGCAGAAGAACGCGCGGGGCGUUUGCCUGGACAUCGGACCGGGGUCGGGGCAGUGGUUGUAUUUGUUUCAGCGGGCGAAUAAUCCGGAUAUCACGAAGAUUUAUGGCAUUGAGCCGAAUAAGGGCAUGCAUAAGGCGCUGAGGGAGAAUGCUGUUAAUGCUGGACUUGGUGAUAUUUACGAGAUCAUCGGCUGCGGAGCAGAAGAGCUCCAGACGAAAGGUGGCAUUCAGAAGGAGACUAUCGACACCAUAAUCACCGUUCAGUGUCUCUGCAGCAUCCCGACGCCUGAGACGAUCAUCAAGGAACUUUAUCCCCUGCUGAAGCCUGGUGGGCAGUGGUUGGUGUACGAGCACGUCAAGACGAAGUACCAAGGUGACUUUGUUGGGUACUGGCAGAGCGGCAUCAAUAUCGUCUGGCCCCAUUGUUUCAACGGCUGCGACAUCACGAGACCAACAGACGAGUGGCUGCUGCAAGCCGGCGAGUGGGAGGAAGUGAAAUUGCGUCCCGGAGAAGGCGAGGGCAAGUAUGAUACGGUACCGCAUAUCAUUGGAACUCUCACCAAGAAGCGGAGGUGA